CCCGAGUAUUUAAAUAACAAACACGUCGUCUACCAAUUAGCUAAUGAUUACGCACCGGUUAAAACAGUUACAUGAUCAAUAUCUGAUUUUAAAAAUUUAAAUGGUGAUCUCGUUUUUGAAUUAAGUUCACAAAACCUUGGUGUCGUUUGGUGAUGACGCAAUUUUGACACUAUGGCGGGUCACGCUAGCGAGCUGGAGAUUGCGAAGAAGAAUUUAACGGAUGCAAUCGGCGAUAAUGUCAAGCAUUACUGGGCAAAUCUAAAGCUGUGGUUCAAACAGAAAAUCAGCAAAGAAGAGUUUGACGUUGAGGCGCGUCGUCUGCUGCCUCAGGAAAAUGUUCACUUUCACAACGACUUCCUCCUGGCCAUUCUCACACGAUGCCAGAUCAUUGUUUCCACGCCAGAGGGCACAGGUCCUCUGCAGUGGCAAGGAAGCUGUGCCUCAAAGCCUGGCAAGCCAAAAGGAAAGAAGAAGUGUUCCACCAGACAGAAAUUUGACCAUCGUUUCCAGCCACAGAACCCUCUCUGUGGCGCGCAGCCGUUCAGCCUGCGGGAGGUGGGGGGCGAGGAGGAGGAGCUGCGUCUGAGUGCCCACACGCUGCUGCUGCCGACGCGGGGCCAGCUGGAGGCCCGCAUGAUGGUCACCGCCUUUGAGAUGGGGCUGGAUAACGUCACAGAAGAUGCCAUCAGCACCAUGAUCUGUGCUGUGGAGCACCACUUGAAAGAUGUCCUGACUGCCGUAAUCACUCGGAGAAAGGCUUACCGGUUACGCGACGGGCACUUCCCUUACGCCUUCGGCACUGAUGUCACACCUCGGCCUUAUCUCAAGAACAGCCUUUCUGCGUUCCACGGCAUCAGCGAAUGUCCCCCUCCAAGUGCUUCCCUUCCUGCAUGCCCACCACCUCAGGUCUCACCUGACGACGCUGAGCAAAAAGCUGUUCACUUGCUGGCUUGCUCUUCUGACACCCUACCUGCCCCACUCCCUCCAAUCAGCAUGUUUGACCUCCUGGAAGCUUUAAAGGUUCAUCGUGGCGUGAUGCCCUCCCACACGAUGUACGCCCUCAACAUGGAGCGUAUCCUGGCUCAGCUGUGGCACCCCAGCCAUGAAGAACUGGAGCAGGACCACAUACACAGACAGAGGCUGGCGGGUAAGGAGGGCAUGCUUGUCAGCUGAGAGGCUCUCACACAAGACUGCUGUGAUCCUUGGAGGUCAAUAUAUCUCUGGGACACCCAUAUGGCAAUAGAUAGGGGGGAACAAUGUGUUCAUAAAGUAAAAGACUUUGUAAGAUGUGGAUAAUACCUGUGGCUUACAGAAGAUGGAGCAAGAGACAUCCAUAAAGCCGGAACCCUGUUUGUGUUGCUGAUCACAUUGUCUGCUGCGUGAGUCAUUAUCCCAAACAGAAAACUAUCCCUGCCCAACUUUAAAUGUGGGUAGGUUAAAGGGGUGAAAGUACUUCGGCAAAGCACUGUGUGUAAGAAAAUGCUCAAAUAAUCUGAACAUAUGAGAUGUUUAGCUUACAUGUUGGGUCUGGAGACGAGCUCGUACAGCUUGUCCUGGGCUGCUGGUCAUUAAGCUCCUCUUGAAACAUAUAUCCAGAAUGUCUCAUAACAUUUACUGGUUUCUUGUGAUAGUGCUGGUGGUCCUCCAUGUUUCUGCAGCAUUGUUAUUGUUCUGUGUAUAUAUGUCCAUCCAUUUGUUUUGUUAAGUUUUUUUUAUAUAUAUAUACGUCACUUAUGUUCAAUAAUAAAAUACUUUUGUUUAAGGUAAA